UUUAAAUAGUCCCAGCCUCGCGUGCCCAGAACAGAGACAGAGACAGAAACCGGGACAGUGUGAGACACCGGGCACCACUCCGAGCCGGAAGAAACGUUUGAGAAGUGUCUGUGACGACCAACAGGUUUUGGAUGAACCUCGGAACGUAUCCAUUUUUGUUUUUGAAGAGUUCCUCCUUCUAAACUUGGGCACUGAGCAGCUCGAACCGAGCGGUUUUGUGGAACCGUGUCUUGUUCUACAUUACAAAGUCCCUACCACAGCAAUUAUUCAUCAUAGUUUAAGGGUAUGUUUUAGGUUUUAGUGGUUGGACCUAGAGGGUUUUUUGGAGCCGCUCUCCUUCCUAAGGGAGGUCAGCAGUUCCUUAGAGAACUUUCAGGGACUUAACACUUUGCCCAAGGACACAAAGACAAAAGAGACACUCACUGGGGACUGAGCUAAGCUCUGGACCCUUUGAAGACCAUGCUGUACCUAAAGAAAUACUUCACGGAGGGCCUUAUCCAGAUGGCCAUCCUGCUCAGCCUGGUUGGAGUGUGGGUUGACGUGGGACUGGAGCCCUACAUGACACAGGAGAUGAUCCUGGGUCCCACCUCGGCGCUGACCCAGACGCAGUUCCACAACCUCCGCAACCGCCUGGAGGACGGCCAAGACCUGCACCCCAAGAGUGUGGACCUGGACAAGUUCUUCACGGCACGAAGGCUGCUGGGCUGGGUCCGCUCUCUUGACAGACUACAGGUUCCCCAUGCACAACUGGAAACAUGGCUGGCCCAGCGGGAGCCAGAUCCUCUCCCCAUUGCAUGUCCAGACCAGUCCUCGCCACUGGAGAGAGCACCUGCUGGGGUAGAAAGAGACCAAACUGCCCCGCCUGGGGAAUCCAGAGCUGCACUUGCUACCAUGCAGGAAGAAAAAGAGGAGGAUGAUAAAGAGGAAGGAGCAAACCGUGGACAUCAUUACAGUGGUCUUCUGGAGGAGACAAGAGAGGAAGAGGAGGAAGAGGAAGAGGAGGAACACCUUGGCAGGUGGACAGAGGGAAGAGGAAGAAUUGGGGGUUCCUACAGCCGUGCUAACAACAGAGAGCUAACUCAGAAUGAAGUAGACCAGACUUCGUUCUCCCUCCAGGAUUGUUUGAGGCUGUUGGAGGAAAACUUUCCCUUCACAGAAGAACAACAGUUAGUUGAUGUUGGUGGUAGAAGGGAAGACCAGGAGCCAGAGCCACAAAGCAGGGAGCCCCUGCUGUCCCACAUCAUCCCCACUGGUAACCCAUCCAUGGACCUGGAGCUCCACUGGGAGGACCUGUUGGCUAUCAUGGAGCCUGAGAAUACAGACGUUGACAUACUGACUUCAUUUGACCACACCCAGAAUUCAAGAGCAGCUGGGACCCUUCAAUCUGUUGGGUUACAGCAAAAUUGUAACAACCAUGAGAACGGCAUAAUAGAGGCUCAUCAGGAGGACGUUCCUCUGCAGCACGGUUUGUUAGGGCCGCCAAGGCAGUCUGAGCUAGAGGCAGCCCUGCUUCCUCUCACCCCCAGUGCAGAGUUGGAUGACCACAGUUCUGCUUUAAACACAAGGGACACUUUACAAAACUCUAAUGAGAAUCCAGACCACACACAUCUGCUUACAGAAGAUCCGUCUGAAAACAUUGGACUAAAUGCAGAAGAUAACUGUAGCACCUUCAGCAUGAAUCUACUAACACAAGGUCUUGGUGAUACCCUGGAAGGCAGUCCAUGUUCACAGUAUGCCCCCUCCCCUGAAAACCUUCCUAACUUUGAUGUUAACUUUCAGUCACGGGACUUGACACCUUCCGGUUUCACCCCAUUUCCAGAGGGGAGUGGUAUGACUCAAGACCACCUGACAUCCCCCUCCAGUGUGUUUCUGGUUGACGAAGAAGAAGAUGGUGAUGAUGAUGGCCUCUUUAGCCCACUUAGUGACCUCUUAGAGGAUGCUGCCAUCUUGGAUGAGAUGAGAUUGUUGGACCUGGCUCUGGAGGAAGGCUUCAGUCCUGAGAUGGCAGCCAAGCUGGAAGAGGAAGGCUUCCUUGACCGUGAAAUAUCCCGGGAAGAAACCGGCCGAGAUGAUGACGACUCAGGCUCUAGCAUGGCAGUCCCAGAAGAUGAGGGUCAACAAAGAGGACCUCAACAAGACAUCAAGGAUGAGACAGACUCCGACUCUGGUCUUUCUCUGGACUUUAGCCACAGCCCUGCUUCUCCCUGUGCUUCUGAGGCCUCCUCUUAUUCCUCUUCCUCAACCUCUUCUUCAUCUUGUGGGUCGGCUGUGGAAAGUCCCUUCUCUCAAGAAGAGGAUGAAGAGACGGAGGGAAUGUUUGUUGGUUCAGAUAUGGAAGUGGAGGUGACCAUAAAGCAGGAGGAUCUUGAAGAGGAGGAGAUGGGGGCAGUAGGAGGAGGGUACCCUGGAGAUUUUGGGAAACCCUUCCUUCCCAACUAUGGGGAUCACAAGCUGUUUAAUGGCUCCCCUUGGUUGGAGAAUAUUGGCCACGAUCACACGUACAACCAGCCCUUGCCGUCCGCCCCCACUCCAUCUGUGGGCAUGAUACCCACCAAACACACCAAAUCCUCCUCGCGCCAUGACAACGUCAAGCCGAAACACCGCUCCUCUUCCAGACACAUCUCCGAGACCAAAAUGUGGAGCCGCGAUGAACGGCGUGCCCGAGCCAGGAAGAUCCCUUUCUCCAAUGACCUGAUUGUUAAUCUGCCAGUGGAUGAGUUUAAUGACCUAUUAGCCAAUUACCAACUCAGUGAGGAGCAGCUUAUACUUGUCAGGGACAUUCGACGCCGUGGUAAGAACAAAAUAGCUGCCCAAAACUGCAGGAAGAGGAAAUUGGACGUGCUGCUGGAACUGAAAGACAACGUUUUAGGUUUGAGGCGCUACCGUUCGCGGCUGCUCCGAGAGAAACAGGAAGCCCUGAGGAACCUGCAGGAAAUGAAGCGCCAGCUGGGCAAAUUGUACCAGGAUGUCUUUUCCACGCUAAGGGAUGAGGAAGGCAUGCCGUUGAACGCUAUGGAGUACCUGCUUAAUUUCGAGUCAAAUGGUAGCGUCACGGUAGCAUCGCGCCAACAAGGGGCAGCGUCGCCACUGAGAAAAACCAGCAAGAAACAGAAGGACAAGAAGAAGUGAGGGGUUGCAUACUGAUGCGGUGGUGAAUGAAGGAACACAGGAAUUCUUUAUCUGGUGUCAAUGGAAGGUGCUGAAAGACACUAUAGAAUCCUCACACAUCCUGACAUGGGUGUUUUUAUUUAAAGAAUUGGAGGACGGCUGGAUGGACAGAGAAAAUCAAGGCAGAAAAAAAGAGAAGUUCUUUAAAAGAGGAGGUGAUUAUGACAUAAUGAUAGUUGAUGGGGAUAAGAAACCCUUUUACUCCAGGAUGUGUUGCUAUCCAUUCUUUUUUAUCAACAUUUCUACACUGGAAA